UGACUGAUCAAACCUGGACGCUCCCGCACGCAACCCCACCACCGAAAUGCGUCUGCAUGAAGAGAUUUCGUCCGCUCGUCCUUCUUCAUCCUGAACACUCUCUCCAGCAACUCGAGCCAGCAUGGCCGUGAGUACUCGCGCGGUUUCCCUGUUAUCGAUACAAGAGUGCUAAUAAUCUCAUCCAGAGACGCAAGCACAAACUGGCUCGACUCGAACCGGACGAAUACAUCGCGCGCUACCAUCCUGACGCCAGCACCCGCACCGUCAUCCCCAUCGGCUACCGCCCACGAAAUGAAAUGACGUACACUGUCAAUUACAAGCACGACAUUAUGAGGGCAGUUCAGACCACCGGUAGUCUGGAGCUCGCCGCCUAUACCAUCAAAGCCGUCUGUCAUGAGCGCAAGCAGCAGUACCCGAAGUCUAGGCGCGAGUGCAAUCUCCAGGACCUGAAGAAAGUCCGGCAGAACCCAAAGCGCUUCCACUUCGCUGUCUACGGGAACAUCGACCCUCCAGCGGCCAGGGCUCCCAUUGCGACACAGGACAACAAUGGCGCCGCUGUCGUUGCGAAUGCUUCCAUGGCAGUGAACGAUGCGGAGAAGGAUGAGGGCGCUGCGCUCAAUGACGACACUCUCGACGACGGCGCCACAACGGCCACCAAUACCACAAACACCGUCACUGCGCUCGAGAGCAGCGGAAGUACCGCUUCACAUCCUGCGCCUGCUCUCACCGAGGGCCCCAGCGACGGCGGCACCUCCCUCACCGCCAGCACCACCAUCGCCGAUCCUGCGGACGACACCGCUCCGCCGGCAAACAGCAGCCGGAAGAGAAGCAAAGCCCCUCCCAGCCAGCAGAGCGAAGGUCCCGCGCAGCGCGUUCCUUCGACCAAUCACCGUGAUGCCGCCCGCGUAUUGGCCAUCGCGCAUACACUACAUGCCGCUGCGGCGGGCGUGCUCGAGCCAUCCGGUCGACUGUCGGCUAGAUCGAUGAGAGCAUUCCAGAUGGCGUUGCUCAGCGCGCUGCGGCGUGCUCACAGGGGGCGUUGAUCAGGCGCACUGGAGCAUGUUCAUGGGAAAGGGGAGUUCUAGCGAGGUGCCCUUCUCUGCAACGCCGACAAGGUCUGUGGCAGUGACAGUGAGAACGUAGUGUGGAACGGCAGGGACGCGGCUGAGCUAUCAAAGUGUUCCGCAGCUGUACUUUGUCGCAUUUGGUAGAUAACUCAUGCGUGGGAAUGAAUACCAAGAUGUGCUGCCAAG